AUGGCAAUUGGUGCCGCCUAUCACCGCGUGCUGAGCCGUAUGAGCCUGAGGUACAUCUUCACAGUCAACAGGGUGCGCCGAAAUAUCAUAACACUGGAACUGAUGGGUAGCCAAGCAUGUCAGUACGACAUGGAGGACAUUGCUCAGCUUUUCCCAUGCCUCGAGAUUCUUUCAGUUGAAAAUGAAGUUUUUGGUCACGGAAGACUGGCGAAUUACAUCGCACGUGGCAGGCGCGGAGCGCUAUCAACCAAACUCAGGAAAUUGACUGCCCUCCGGACCCUCAAAAUCCACGUGUACCCCGAUUUGUAUUUCUACGACUAUGACGAUGUCACUGCAUCCCUCGGCCCCGGCAAUGUGCUCAAUCUGGCGCAGAUGUCAAUUCUGCAACAUCUUGAAGUUCCCUUCUAA